AUGGUCAAUGAGGGUAAUACUGUUGAUGUGGUGUACUUGGACUUUGAGAAGGAGGUUGAUACAGUGCCGUACAAACGGACUUGCGAGAAAUGUUACAGUUCAUCAAAUAAAAUACUGGAAAAAAUUGCAUGGCCGAGCCCGAUCCCAAGUCCUGUUCUUGGGAAAAAACCAAAUGCCACUCAAUCACUGCUUGCCUGGUGCAAAGAAGUGACAAAAAACUACAGAGGAGUGAAGAUCACGAAUUUCACGACAUCGUGGAGAAAUGGACUGGCUUUCUGUGCAAUUCUAAAUCAUUUCCGGUCAGACUUGAUUGACUACAAAUCUCUGAAUCCUCAGGAUAUUAAAGAAAACAACAAAAAGGCUUAUGAUGGCUUUGCGAGCUUGGGAAUAUCACGAUUAUUGGAACCAGCAGAUAUGGUUUUAUUGGCUAUUCCAGAUAAACUGUCCGUUAUGACCUACCUUUAUCAGAUAAGGGCACAUUUCAGCGGCGAAGAAUUGAAUGUGGUCCAGAUCGAAGAAAACAGCAGUAAAAGCAAGUACAAAGUUGGUAACUUUGAAACUGACACAAACAGCUCCAUUGAUCAGGAGCAAUUUUAUGCAGAGAUAAAUGAUGUUAAACAUGAGGCAACAGCACAACAACCGAGCAGUGUAUUACUUGAUGCUUCAUCUCAGGAAUAUUGUACAUUCCUCAGUGACGAUGUUGGUGAGUCAAAAAGUGAGCGACAGACUCCUGAUGACCUUCCGAAUAUAAGUGCAACAAUACCUUUCUCACAAAGGACUAAAAAUGAUUCAGACAUUGAACAGAAUACUGCUCAGAGUUCUUUACUAGAGGAUACCAAUGAAAGUGAAAGCACAGAGUCUACACCACUACAAGGACAAAUACCACCAUUAAACAAAAGAAAACUGCUGAAAGUAGACAUUUUAGACUUAACUGACUCGUCAGACGUUAGUGAUAAAAAGGAACGUAAAUCACCAACACUUGAACAGGAAGAUUAUUCAGGUAAUACUAGCAGCAGCUCUGGACAUGAGCAUGAGAAAUUUCAGUAUUCACACUCUGAGAGCAGCAGAUCAGAGCCGAGUUCUUCUGUUCGAAAAUCCAUUACAUCUCCAGCCCAUAAAUUAGGGUUCACUUACAAUCGAGAUGCAGAUCUGAUCAAGAAGAAACAUGCAACAUUGCGAUGCUCUGAAGUGGAUUCAUCAGAAAGUGUCAGUCCACGUUUGAACCAUUCGGGUCAACAGAGCAAAAGCAUUGAACUUAACUCUUCCCAACAAGAGAAAGAAAUCACUGAAGAAAAGAGAAUGGCAACAAGACAGGAAGAAUUGAAAGAGCGAGCAAGACUCCUUCUGGAACAGGCGAGGAGGGAUGCAGCUUUAAAAGCAGCAAGUAAACAGUCAGCCAUCCAAUCAAUAACACCAACUCGCAACAAACAGCUGAAUGAGCAACAAGAUGAAGAGCGACGUCGCCAGUUGAGAGAGAGAGCUCGUCAGCUAAUUGCAGAAGCUCGAUCUGGCGUUAAGAUGUCUGAUCCUCCCAGCUACAAUGAACUGACUACUGAAAAGUUGAGAGAAAGAUCAAAGGCAGCUGGAGGAACUCAAAACAACAAGUCUGUUGACAUGAAGCUCAAGAAACUCAUUGAGGCUCAACCACAGGUGGCAAAUUCACUAUCUACUGCUGCCCAAAAAGCCUCAGUGGACAGUGCAGAACAAGAAGAACUCAAGAAUGAAAUGGAGGAUCAUCGUGCUGAGCGUUUGCGUAAAGCCACCGAACGUUUGCGAAGUCCUGUGGUAUUCAAUAAAGAUUCAGCUGUGAGACGAACCCAUCUUCAGUCAUUUAGUCAGUAUGUGGAAAGCAGACCAGAGGUUAAAAGGCAGAGAUCAAUACAAGAAGAUGCAAAGAAAAGAAAUGAGGAAAGACCGGAAACAUGUGAUACAACUCCAAGAAAGCCAUCAGAAGAUGAAGUACUUAGUAAAGGGUUCAAAGACACGAGUCAGUAUGUUGUUGGAGAAUUGGCAGCAUUGGAGAAUGAGCAGAAGCAAAUUGACACACGGGCCGCAGUGGUGGAGAAGCGUCUUCGCUAUCUCAUGGACACAGGAAACAAUAAAGAGAAGGAAGAAGCUAUGAUGCAGGAGUGGUUUGUGUUGGUUAAUAAGAAGAAUGCCCUCAUACGGCGACAGAAUCAACUUUCACUUCUGGAAAAAGAACACGAUCUUGAGAGACGUUUUGAGCUGCUAAAUCGAGAAUUACGAGCUAUGCUUGCAAUAGAAGACUGGCAGAAAACAGAAGCUCAGAAAAGACGUGAGCAGCUCUUACUAGAUGAACUAGUUAUUCUGGUUAACAAACGGGACGCACUUGUCCGAGAUUUAGAUGCACAGGAAAAACAGGCGGAAGAAGAAGAUGAACAUUUGGAACGAACGCUCGAACAAAACAAAGGGAAAAUUGUAAAGAAAGAAGAUAAGUGUCUCCUUCAGUGAGAGAGAUGCACAGAAGAUCUCCCAUCAUUUACAACACACUUUCACUCUCAUUUUAAUAAACUAUGUGAUGGAUUUGAAUGAUAUCAUGUUCUAUGUAGAUCGUAAACUGUUGUAAUUUUUUUCUGUUCAGAGCAUUUAAUCGUCCCAAGGCCGCAGGUCCGUGUAUAUGGCUGCAUCUGUCGUUUUUAUGAAAUUGUAUUUUGUAAAAAAAAAAGCCGCGUGUAAUUGUUUUAUUUGUAACGGUGACAUUUAAUGUUUUAUCAGUUACAUUUGGGAAGAAUUCUCUCUUCAUUAACGAGGAUAGGAAAAACACCAAAUAGUUGCGAAAUGUAGCAGGACAGUUCCUAAUUGUUUCUUAUUAACACUGACACGGCUUUCUGUGUAUUGCACUGAUCUGCCUCAAAUGGAUGUUGGAUCAGAUUUGAUACUGUGACCGGGGAGGCUGUUGGUGGUGCUUUACAGAAACUACGGAGCUCCAGCCUCCGGGUGCACUUUUGAAUAAAUUAAUCGCCAUCAGUUGUCAAAAAGUGAAACAUCUUCAAGAAACAAUCUCUAAACUUCGGAAUGUUUGAGCUUGCUAGUCGCUGCAUUUUCAAUAUCUAGGUUCAUUUCCAUUGAAUAUUGGAACGUUUCAUUGGAGCUGUAAAGUCCGUUUUUUAUAUAAAUAGUUGGCUUUUACAGAGCGGCCAUGUUGUAAAUGAUAUUAUCUGAAGUUAGUUUUAGUUUAAACUCAGAAAAGGGCUGAUGACCUUGCACCAGGUUGGUGCGGUCGGUUCGUUCUCUGUGUUUUCUACAUUGUCUAUUUAUUACCCUGAACAGCGCGAGCUGCUUGUUUAUGCUCCAGGUAUUUUGCUGAAACGUUUUUGUUUGGCUCGAAAAUGCUUGUUGUUUGUCUUCCGAAAGCAAAAGCAGUUCUCUGGAAGAUCGGAAUCAUUUUCAAUACAUUUCUCUGCACCAACCUGCCGUCAAUAAAACUGCUGCUUGAGGGAAGAAAUAUUUCUGUUUAUUUAUUCCAGGACCAUCUCUGAAUCUUGAAUAAAAAGUGAACUUUGAA